AUGACUGUGUCUUCGGAAUCAAACGAGUCCGAGACCGGGUCCGACACCGGGUUCGAGACCGGCUCCGACCCCCCUUCGGUGAGCAACAGGGACACGCCUCGCACUUCACCUUCCCCCGACGUUGCCAAGGAGGAUGUUCCUCUGACGGGUCAAGUCCUCGACCUGCGACAUCGAAACCUCGAGAGCCUCGUGGUCCGAGGCGCCUUCUCGGAGACCCUGGAACGUCUCAAUGUGGCCGACUGCGGCCUACAGAAACUUCCCGAGGGUCUCUGGGACGCCAGAGGUCUCGUCGUCCUCAAUGCAGCCUCCAACUACCUUCAGCGACUGCCGGUGGAGGUCGAGCAGCUGCACAGGUUGCGAGACCUUCACCUAGACUUCAACGAGCUGCAAGACCUGCCCCAAGAGCUGUCCUCGAUGCGCCACCUGAGGUCCCUGAGCGUCAGCGGGAACCGCUUCACGCGUCUCCCCGACGUGCUGUCUCGGCUCACGGGACUCGAGUCUCUCCGCCUCGCCGGCAACGCCAUCACCGAAACCCCACAGCUGGCCCUGCCGAACCUGCGACGGCUCGACCUACGCGGAAACCACAUCAGAGGCCUCGCGGAUUUCUCCAGGCUCCAGAAUUUGCACUCCCUGGACGUCAGCUGGAACCAGAUCGAGAGUCUGGUGCUGCCGACCACCGACCGCCUCCGCCAACUGGACUGCUCGCGGAACCAGCUCCAAGACCUCUGUCUUCCCGGGAGUCGCCUUCACACGCUUUGUUCUAGUCACAACCGUCUUCGCAGUAUUGAGAACGUGGCGUCUGCAAGUACCCUCAAGUACAUCGAUCUGUCCAAUAACUGGCUCGUCCAAGUCCCAGAAUGGAUACUCCAGGCGAGCAGCACGCACCAUUUGGACCUGGGCCACAAUCAGCUGACGUCGCUUCCGGCGGGUCUGUUCAGCGCCGCACUGCUACAACUGGACACGCUGCGCCUGAACCACAACUGCAUCUCCAGUCUCCCGGAAACCAGCAGCCAAAGCCACGUCCGCCACCUGGACUUGCAGCACAACUCUCUAAUCAGCUUUCCCGCCGACCUGCUCCGCAAUGCGUACAGGCUGGAGUGGUUGAACGCGUCGUACAACCAGCUAGCGUCGCUACCCCAGCCCGACCAGGCGGCCAGCCUGCCCCUCCGUUGGUUGCUGCUCAGCAGGACGGGACUCACCGACGAUCUCCUCUGGCCCCUGGUGCUGGCCUGUCCGCAGCUCAAAGUCCUACAGCUGGCCUACAACGAGCUGCAGACUAUCCCUUCCGGGAUAUCGCAGCUGAUCCACCUACGAGAUAUCAUCCUGACGGGAAAUCGGUUGCACGGCCUCCCGGACUCGCUGGCGCUCCUUCCCGGACUGGAGGCGCUCCUGCUCAACUGCAACCACCUGGACGAGCUCCCCAACUUUGAAAACAACCACACACUCAAGGUUCUGGACGUAUCGUGUAACCUCCUGAGCAAGGUGACCCUUUCUUCGCUGGUGUCACAAAGUCUACAACAGCUGGACAUUUCGUGCAACCAAGCACUCUUCGUUGACACUCAGGAAUUCCACAUCCUCUGCUCCAGGAGAAACGUAUCGGUAGUGGACACCAAGUUUUCCGGACGACUGGCGCCGCCUUUCAAGCCCAACGCGAGCAACCAGAACUGCCUCGAUAGCCCUUUCUGGACGACGGGCUUCUCCGAGAGCCUCAAGGGACCCGCCAGACUCUACAUCAACCAGUGCACGCAGCCAAGCGGCCAGACCGAGGUGCUCGCAGCCAUCGUGGAAAGCCCUCAGCGACAGCUGCUCUCGACGGCCAAGACCGCCGUGGCCCAGCUCGUGCGCCAAGAGCGGCGCUCCGCCGAGUCGUCGUCGGUCUUCUUGCAGAACGUCCUGCUCUCCACCUACAGGGCCUUGGGCAGCAGGGCCUGCUGUCAUCAGCUGAACAUCCUUCUCUGCCACCUGGCACCGGCCGACGCCAACAUCAACGAAGACGGCCCUGCGUACGUCAUGACCGUGGCCCAGUGCGGGGGAGCCACCUGCCUGCUUGCACACGGCGACAAACAGACGACGAACCUUUUCGAAACGAGCACGCAAACUACUACAAAGUGCAUUGCCGAGGACUGGGACAUGGCCGUUCAGGAAGGCUUCCAGACCAACAUCAGCUCUUCUUGGCCGACGACCCACCGAGGGCCCCCUCCGUGCGACCUGCCUUCGCCUACCAUCCGACACGUGACGCUUCGGCCAGAUGACCGCCUCAUCGUGCUGUCCACGUCCGCCCUGAGCGACGCCCUCGCCCCUGACGCCAUCCUCGCCGAAGCCCUGGCGGGGCCCAACCCGAUGGCCGCCGCCAAGCGGCUCAACCAGGCGGUGACGUCGCUCGUCAGCGACGUGGGUACCUGCGUCAUCACCAUCGGGCUGCAGCCGACGUCGCCCGCCGCGGGUGGCAGUCAGGGCAAGAGCGUCCAUUUCCGCAUCACCACCGACAUCGACGACGAGCAGGCUGACGAGGCGGAAGCCUACAAGGCCUGGGAGUACAUGCUCGCCCAGAACCACAAGAUGCUUUUCAACCGGGAGCUCGAGACUCUGCACCGGACGUUGGUCAAAGGGAAGACGAGGCACACUGCGGGGCACGUCGCCGACCCCACAGCGCUGGCCGCCUCGGGAACAGCGAGGCUGGGCUCCAAGAAGAAGCGCUACUGCUACGGCCAGGCAGGAGAAGUGAUGCCGACCAAUAUGUUGUAG